UACUGAACACACCCCACAUCAUUCAUCUCAAAAGACAACAGCAGUCAGCUGCACCAAAUGGAAUAGUAUUCUUCAAUUUGUGCGAAAAUAUUCGAUUUUGUUACGAUUUUAGGCAGAUUAAAGGGGGAAAUGUGGUAUUUAUUAAAAGCUGGCACAUUUUUGCUAGUUCUCAAAGUGAUCGGCUUAAAUCUCGUGCUCGCCGCCGAAAGUCAGCGAUUACACGACCUAAUAUAUACUCCCAUAAGUGGCGCCGGCUGCUUCAGGCGUCUCAAUGGCACACAUCAGACAGGCUGCUCAUCGGGGCAAUCUGGUUCCGUUGGUGCACUGCACCUCAUACAAGUUGUAGAAGACUUUGAGUUCUUACUGCGUAACCCACCUGCGCCACCAUAUGCGCCUAUGAUACCACCUCAUCUAUUCACACGUCAAAAUAUGUUACGUUUGAAAAAUGCAGGCCCACAAAAUAUAUCUGUAGUUUUGCUCAUCAACGAAGUCGAUAAAAUGACACAGUUUUCACAUGAACUUACGUGUCCAAAUCGGUACAGUGGCUUAUUGCUGAACGGCAGCAAAGAAACUGCCACAUGCGAUACACGAAAUGUGGAGAAUUCAUGGAAUCCUUGGGGUACCGGACUACUUCAUGAAGACUUUCCCUUUCCCAUAUAUUACAUAGCCGACGAAGAGGAGGUCUAUAAACUGAAAUCUUGCUUUGCCAAAUUUAAUAACUUUGAUUAUGAUGGACAUGCUACACGCAGCCUUUGCUCUGUGGAGGUCAAAACUUUUAUGGUGGGAGCGGUUAGUUCGGAAGUGUGCAUGCGCCGUUCGAAUUUCAUCAACAACCUAUCGCGCACUGUAUAUUGCGAUCCGUUGGAGGGCAAUAAUGUUUACGGUACCCUUUAUCCGCGUAAAUACUCAGAAAAUACCGCAGCAGGGGAAAGUAGGGGAGUACGCAAAGUCGAUCCAAAUGAAAAGUUUAUUGUAAUCAGUUGCCGGAUGGAUACGACGUCAAUGUUUGACGGCCUAGGUCUCGGUGCCAUGGAUUCGCUAACAGGCUAUGUUACGCUAAUGAGUUUAGCUGCUACCUUAAAGCAGUACCUGCCCAGUAGCUAUUCGGACUUAACCAAAAAAAUCAACAUACUUUUUCUCAUAUUCAAUGGCGAAUCGUAUGACUACAUCGGCUCGCAGCGCAUCGUCUUUGAUAUGGAAAAUUUAGAUUUCCCUACACGAUCGACACAUACAUCACCCAUCUCGUUUGAGAAUAUUGAUUUAUUGAUCGAUAUUGGGACAUUAGAUGAUAUGUCGACAAUAAACGUGCAUACAUUAACUGCAACCGAAAGUGCGAAAUCAUUUGCCAUGGUGUUGAAUUCGCAGGGCCAAAAAUUCAAUACACAAUUUGAGCUAAGUAUAGGCAGCAAUUUGCCGCCAACUUCAGCACAAUCAUUCUUACGCAAAAAGCCAGCGUUUCCUGCAUUGAUUUUAAACUCGAAUCCCACGAACAGAUACUAUCACUCCAUCUAUGACAAUGCGGCAAAUUUAAACUUCACCUUUGGCAACUAUACUGAACAGGACUAUACUAAACUUAUGUCAACAGAGGAAGCAUUCAAUUAUUUCACUGCCGAUUCGGUACAAAUUAAGAUACGUAACGUGUCCACGAGUAUAGCCUUGACACUGACGCAAAUGCUCUUAGGUCAAGAGUAUACAGUCUCGCGAUACGCAAGUCCCAUAUUAGUUGAUGAACUGCUUCAUUGUUUUCUACAAUCAGCUGAUUGUCGGCUAUUCGACAACGCUUCGCCUGUAAAUGGUCUUCCCGGGCUGCCAAUUCCACCAACUCGCUAUAUCAGCGUUGCAUCUAAUACACAAGAAACCCCCGGUUGGACAUAUCGCCUAUUUGGGUUACUGCUGUCUUCCGUAGAAGCUAAUAUUACCCGUGCAGAUUGUGUACCAUUACCACUGCUAUGGAUAAACGGCCAGAAAGAUGAAGGCGAAUGUCGACGCACGACACAUAACUAUAGCCACGCUCUAAGUCCAGCAUUCUCAAUCGAUAAUUAUGACUGGAAAUCUGGUGAAUACUCAACCUGGACUGAGUCGACCUGGAUGUCUUUCAGCGCUCGCAUAUUCUUACGGCCAUCCAGAGUACAUGAAAUCGUCACACUCUCUAUAGGCAUUGUUGUGCUGAUAAUUUCCUUUUGUUUGGUUUACAUCAUUAGCAGUCGCUCAGAUGUGCUUUUCGAAGGCGCAACGAGAAGUUCCGAUGCAUAUUCGUAUAGUGCACUAUAGUUAAUAAUAUGCGCGACCCAGCAAAUCGCAGUACAUACAUAUUGGCACAUAAGUGUGCAUUAUUUUUUUAAAUUAAAAAUUAUAAAGCCAAUAAAUUAAAGCGAUAUUCUUGUUAAGCCACGUUCAACUAUUUACUAGGUAUUUUCUCUUUUUAAAACCUAAUUUGUAAAUUUACGUAUUUGGCCUUUUAUUAUUUACACUAAGUCGAAAUUGUAUAACAUUACUUGUAUAUACAUUUAAGACCAAUAAAUAUUACUUAUGUAUGUAUAGAUGCUUUAUUAAUAAUUUGAUUUUAUUUCAGGAAAUGAUCUAAAAAUGCUAGUUGUAUAU